CACCGUCACGUCGUGUCUGCCUGAAUUGAGAAGACGAAGAAGAACGAGGAGCGGGGGUUUCUGUUAGCCGCUAAGCUAAAAUGAGGGACAAUAAAAGCCUAACCGAAGCGGGAAAGGAAAUACCGGCGAAAAAACAAAAACUAAGCAGUGACGAAAACAGUAACCCCGAUUUAUCAGGAGACGAAAACGAUGAUGCUGUCAGUGUUGAAAGUGGGACCAAUGCAGAACGCCCCGACACCCCCACAAACACAGCCAACGCCCCCGGCAGGAAGAGCUGGGGCAAGGGCAAAUGGAAGUCCAAGAAAUGCAGAUAUUCUUUUAAAUGUGUCAACAGCCUGAGGGAGGACCACGGCCAGCCGCUGUUUGGAGUCCAGUUUAACUGGCACAGCAAGGAAGGAGACCCUCUGGUGUUUGCUACAGUUGGGAGUAACAGGGUAACUCUGUAUGAAUGUCACUCUCAUGGAGAAAUAAGACUCUUGCAGUCCUACGUUGAUGCAGACGCAGAUGAGAACUUCUACACGUGUGCCUGGACCUACGACACAAACACAAGUCAUCCUCUGCUGGCGGUAGCCGGCUCCCGAGGCAUCAUCCGCAUCAUCAACCACAUCACAAUGCAGUGCAUCAAGCAUUACGUAGGUCAUGGAAACGCCAUCAAUGAGCUCAAGUUUCACCCAAGGGAUCCAAGUCUCCUCCUGUCUGUCAGCAAAGAUCACGCUCUUCGACUGUGGAACAUCCAGACAGACACGUUGGUGGCCAUUUUUGGAGGCGUUGAAGGACAUCGAGAUGAAGUCCUGAGUGCUGAUUUUGAUCUUCUGGGUGAAAAGAUAAUGUCUUGUGGGAUGGACCACUCCCUGAAGCUGUGGAGAAUCAACUCUGAGAGGAUGCAAAAAGCCAUUCGUGGCUCGUACGAGUACAACCCCUCAAAGACAAACAGGCCUUUUGUCUCUCAGAAGAUUCACUUCCCUGACUUCUCAACUCGAGACAUCCACAGAAACUACGUGGACUGUGUGCGGUGGCUCGGGGAUCUUAUUCUUUCCAAGUCCUGUGAAAACGCCAUUGUCUGCUGGAAACCAGGAAAGAUGGAGGACGACAUCGACCACAUCAAGCCAAACGAGUCGAACGUGACGAUUCUGGGACGUUUCGAUUACAGCCAGUGUGACAUUUGGUACAUGAGGUUCUCCAUGGACUUCUGGCAGAAGAUGCUGGCUCUGGGAAACCAGGUGGGGAAGCUUUAUGUUUGGGACCUGGAGGUGGAGGAUCCUCACAAAGCCAAGUGCACCACACUGACGGUUCCUAAAUGCACGUCAGCCAUCAGACAGACCAGCUUCAGCCGCGACAGCAGCAUCUUGAUCGCAGUGUGCGACGACGCCUCCAUCUGGCGCUGGGACCGACAGCGUUGAGCGCUCUGGACAACAGGAAACCCAUUUCUUGUUACUCCUUUGCUGACACACUGCAGGGGGAAAAUCAUCUGUUCAAACAAAAACCCAUCAAGGAACUGUUUUAUUCCAAAAAAGGAGAUUAUUUUUUUUAUAUCUGACCCCUGAAUUUAUUCAAUAAAAAAUAACUUCUGAAUAAAUUGUGCCUUUUAAAUUUUCUAUGCAUUUACUAAAAAUAAAGCCACAUUUGAUUUAGUUGAAAGAUGUUUUUUUUUAAAAAGUUGUUUUUCUGCAGUGUGUCACAAUAUUUUUAUUUUAUUUUCUUUGUUCCAUGUAUUUUAUUUUAGUGUCUGAUUUGCUACUUUGGACACAUUAAAUAGCUUUGUUGUUCAAUUGAAUAUGGUUUGACAUUGGAAACUUCCCUGAGUUACAUCAAUAAAAAUGUUUUUGUACA